UAAACAGGACGAGGCGCAUUCAACUUCGUUGCUUCCUAACAUUGUCGUCCAGAGCCAUACGGCCAGCGAUGGCGUACGAUCUGCUCGGUCGACUGCUCAAACGACUGAUAUCCCGCCGUCAAACAAAGCACAAAGACGCGCCGCCCAGCGCAGCCAAUGGUGCGCCCAAGAAGGGUGCAGCACGAUUUCGAGUCGUAGGGAUACAUGGCGGCGGACAGAAGUCAGGAACAACCACCACACACUCGUGUCGACUUCAGGCCUCCGACGUACGUCAGCGACACGUACCCACGCCUUCCACUGGAGCUCUUUGAGCUCAUACUCGAUUACCUCCGACUCGAUCUUCCAGCGCUCAUGCGGUGCCGCCUCGUGUGCCGCGCAUGGUAUUGCACCGCGCGCCUACCACCCUUCCUCCUGACCGGAGAGUCCAACCUCAGGUUCACUCGAAGGAAUGCGUUCGAAGAAUUCGCGCGGCUCAUCGGCGUGCGGGGGAACAGGUCGUACUUCCGGUUCUCGGAACUCGCGCUUACGCUGGUGGACGAUCCAACACAUCGCUUCGUUCACUUGUGGGCUCUGCAGGUCCCCGAGUACUUUCUGUCCGGGCUGCGGGUCCUCGCGCUGGCGGAACUCAACUGGACGACGACGAGGCCGCAUGCUCGCUUCUUGCGGCGGCUCUCGCACUGUGUUACCCUGGUACAGCUCACGCUUUCGGGAUGCCGCUUCCGCAAUGCAUCAGUGCCUCGAAAUGUCAUCAAUUCGCUCCCGAGUCUCGAGGCCAUCUGGCUUUGGGACACGAGAUUUGACGAUCUGCCGACAUCGCUCUCGCUCAUACCGCCCACGAUCGCGCAUCAAAGUCUCAAGUACAUCCGCAUCCGGAGCACAUCUGGUAAUGACUUGGCCGACAGCUUCGGGUCUGUCCAUUCACAGAACCUGCUCAGUCUCUGUAUCCAAUAUCAGAAUAUCACAACUCUUGGCUUGGACCUACGCUACGUUUCACCUUCGCAUCUUCAGCGCGUCCUGCGCCAUUAUCACGGUCUAUCAGAGCUGUGGCUGAACAACGCCUUCGACCCCACUCUUGAACUUGAAGGCGGGCUUCCUUUUGACGAGGCGGACCUCGGCGGACAACAUACAGAACAACAUCUUCGCACGCUGUCCGUAUUCACCCUUCAAGACACGUCGACAGUCUGUGCGCUGCAUAUCCUGCGGCUCAUCACUCCGUACAUAUCCCGGAACCUGUAUGAACUGACAAUUGAGCUCGUCGACCGCCCCUCUGCGGCGCUUCUGCGGAGCGUCACACGAGUAUUAGAGCUGACUGGACCUGGCCUCACGCGCAUGAAGUGGACGAACGAGAAGGGAAAUGUGUUGGAUGCCGUGCCGUGUACCUCUUCGAACACUUCCUUGAGACGACUCAUGAUAACGCUCUGCCUUGAACCAUCGCCAGGUUCGACCCAGAGAUGUCUCACGGCAGUGCUGGCAAACAUCACCAGCCCGCAUCUGCGGAGCCUUAUCAUCUCGAUAAACUUUCUUCAGCCCCCGUCACCUUCAAGUCCAGGCGAAGAUCGUCCUAUGACCAUGACAAACGACGCACGGCACUCGAGGUCCGCCUUCCACCGUGUGCUGGCGCGAGAAGUCUUCGACCACUUCGCAGACAAUAUUUCAAGCGCGAGGAGCAUCAUAAUUCAUGUCAGUACGCGGCAGAUACGGGAAGAUACUGUCUUGGUCUCCGCGAUCCACGCCCAUAUGGUCGACCUCUUUGCGCCGUGGUUACGUCGCGGGUUCCUCGCGCUUGACUUCGAGGGUAGGCGUGAUGUGUCGCAGUAUGCCAAUCAAUCCUUCUCCUCGUCAUUCUCGAAGGUGUACCGAAGAAUCAGAGACAUACGACACUGAACGAAGCGGGAGUGUUGGGAGCGCGAGAUUUCGGACACGGGAAGGAUAGACGAAUGAGACUAAGUAUACGAGUAUGCAAAGGGUCACGCAUAGGCCUGGCCGACGAACCCAUGCACGACACGUAGCAUGACUGGACCGCGUCCGACCCUCGGCUUUCGAGCUGGUUAUCGUCAACUUGAAGGCCGAUCAGGCAGGACGCGGAUGGAGGUCGAUUGCAGACUCCUCGUUCCGUGAGGUUCGUGCGAGCUGUUAUGA